AUGCAGAUUGAGGCUGAUACAUGGUUUCAGGCUAUAGAGCGAGCAUUACAAGCACAAGUGGUACCUGAAGGACAGCGUGUCGAGUUUGCUACUUAUAUGCUCACCGGUGAGGCGUCGCAUUGGUGGCAAGGCAUCCGACGUCUUCUGCAGCAGGGUGAUGACUAUAUCACCUGGAAUGUCUUUCAAGAAGAGUUCUAUAAGAAGUACUUUCUGACUUCUGCUAGGACGGCUAAGGAACUUGAAUUGUUACAGCUGAAGCAGGUGAACAAGUGUAGGGUUACUGAGGAGUGUGUGAAAAGGGCAACCGCUGAGAAAGGGAGUCACAAAGGUUCAUUUCCACAGAACCGAGGGAAGGGCUUUGCACCUAGAGGUCCGUCUUUCAAGAGGGGGAGCUCUUUCAGGAGGCCCAAUAACAACAACUCCCAAGGGAAAAGGUUUGGGAAGCAACCUCAGAAUGAUCAAGUUUGUACUAGGUUUGGAAGUCACCAUCCGAGAGCACCAUGCAAGGUCGGGUGGGGUUUGUGCUACAAUUGUGGAAAGGCAGGACAUAAGCUCCCAUGGUGUCCGGAGCGGCAGAAGCAAGGUGCUGGAAAAGCACAACAAACUGGUCGAGUGUUCACCACCUUAGUUGUGGGUGCAGAAGGAUCCGAGACACUCAUUCGAGGAUCAACAAAGAGAUUGACUUGCGCGUGCUUCACCCUCUCCAAGAUUGAUCUAGUCCGUUUGGAUAUUUGGUCUGGUACUGAGGAGAUUAAUGACAAUGACCCAUGA